GUAUCUGGCUGAAUAUACAUGAGGGUACUGUGGUGAGUCUGGCCUCAGCCCAAAACCACACCUACUGCAGCCUGAGAAGCAGGAAGUUCCUCCCACUCUCACACACAGACGACUGUGAGAGAAAACGAAACUGAAUCAUAUCAGUGUUCGUGUUAAAAUGGCAGAAGCUAAUUCAGCACUGGAUCCAAACCAGUUCAGCUGUUUAAUCUGUCUGGAUCUACUAAAGGAUCCAGUGGCUAUUCCCUGUGGACACAGUUACUGUAUGAGCUGCAUUAAGAGCUGCUGGGAUCAGGAGGAUCAUGCUGGAGUUUACAGCUGCCCUCAGUGCAGACAGACCUUCAUACCGAGGCCUGUUAUGGGCAGAAACACCAUGCUGGCUGAAGUGGUGGAGAACCUGAAGAAGACUGGACUACAAGCAGCUACUCCUGCUGACCAUUAUGCUGGACCUGGAGAUGUGGAGUGUGACGUCUGUACUGGGAGAAAACACAAAGCUGUCAAGUCCUGCCUGGUGUGUCUGGUCUCUUACUGUGAAACUCACCUCCAGCCUCACUAUGAGUCUCCAGCUUUUAAGAAGCACAAGCUGACUGAUGCCACUGGACAUCUGCAGGACAAGGUCUGUUCCCACCAUGACAAAGCCCUGGAGGUCUACUGCCGUACCGACCAGCAAUGUAUCUGUUAUGUCUGUAUGCUGGAUGAACACAGAGGCCAUGAUACAGUCUCAGCCGCUGCAGGACGGGCGGAGAUACAGAAACAAAUGGGUGAAACACGGAGGGAAUUUCAGCAGAGAAUUCAGAUGAGAGAGAAGGAGCUGCAGGAGCUGAGAGAGGCUGUGGGCUCAAUCACAGCAUGAAAACGGAAGAAUACAAACAUUACAGAGGGUGAAGAACAAGGGGCAUUUUCACACGUGGGGCCCCCCAGCCUGCUGCUGCCUGAGGAGCUGGGGGUCGUCGCCCCGCCCUGCAAUAUGCUGCCGAGGCAGGGAACAACCCAGUAUGGGGGGGCAGCCCAUCGCAAAGUGCAGCCGUCUUUGAUUCUUGAAAAAAAAGACGUUUUCCACCUGCAGUACAUAGGUCAUCCACCAGAGGGCAGAAUAUAGGUAUAGGAUUAUAUACAGCGGGUUUUGAGGAAAGCGGU